CCCAUGGAUUUUCCAUUGCUCUGACAGAACCCUCUCUCAUUCCAUGCAUUAGUUUGUACAAAAAAAAUGAGUCAGAUGAAGACUAUACUAGUGGCAGUAAUAGUAGCAGCUCUGUCAGUUGUCCUGCAAGGAAGAUGGUGUGAUGGCUGUUUCGAGGAUGAAAGAGUUGCUCUUCUCCAGCUCCAGAACAGCACCCCCUCCUCGUUGUUCGAGGAAUCCGAUGAUGACGACUGCUGCGCUUGGGAACGAGUGGAAUGCAACCCGGUUAGCGGCAGAGUAAUGCAGCUGUCUCUCAAUUUUUCAAGGGAGGGAGAUCACUGGCAGCCGAAUGCGUCACUGUUUCUGCCUUUCAGGGAUCUAACAGGCCUUUACCUACCUGGGAAUAACAUCACUGGGUUUGUUGGAAAUUUAUCAGGACUCAGCAGGUUGGAGAUUCUUGAUCUGGGAAGCAAUUAUGACAUGAACAUCAGCAUAUUAUCAUCUCUAGCUGUCCUCCCAUCUCUCAGAAUCCUGGACCUCGCCUUCAGCGACCUCCAGGGAUCAGCUGACCUGACAGGGCUGGAGAAUUUCAGGAAGUUGGAGAAACUAGACCUGACAUACUCUACUGUGAAUGAUGAUGGCUUCCUGGAAACAGUUGGAAAGAUUUCAUCCCUAAAGAGUUUGGUAUUGCAGGGUUGCGGCCUAGGUGGCAGCAUAGAAGGACUAUGCCAGCUUAAAAGUCUCCAGGAGCUCGACAUCAGCUCUAAUCAUCUGUAUGGCAUGCUGCCCUCGUGUCUGGCGAAUCUCACAUCACUCAAGAGCUUAGACCUCUCUUACAAUCGCUUCACUGGAGAUAUGGCCAACUCACCACUCAGAAGUCUACUGUCUAUCAAAGAUAUGCUGCUUUCAGGCAAUCAUUUCCAGAUCCCAGUCUCCCUAACCCCAUUGUUCAACCACACAAACCUUCAAAAAUUAGAAGCCAGAAACAAUAAUCUAACAGUCUAUGCUAAUGAAGAGUACUCUCCUUAUCUAGUCCCCAAGUUCCAACUGCAGACGCUCGACUUGUCCAGUCACAGUCUUCCUGGCCAGCCGUUCCCCAAGUUUCUCUACCAUCAGAAACAUUUACGGUUUCUCGAUCUUUCCCAUGGUUCAUUUCAAGGUGGUUUCCCGUCUUGGUUGCUGGAGAACAACACCAACCUGGUUCAACUCAUUUUGGCAGACAAUUCCCUUUCAGGAUCUUUCCAGCAGCUACCCAACCAUCCUCACUUGAAACUAUCCUCCUUAGACAUCUCCAGCAAUAACCUUGAAGGAAAGCUCCCACAGAAGCUCGCGGCAUCAUUUCCCAAAUUAUCGUACGUCAACAUGUCUGACAAUGAGUUUGUGGGCAGAAUUCCAAAGUCAUUUGGCACGAUGAAGUAUCUGCAAACUCUGGUGUUGUCUAACAAUCGAUUAUCCGGCAAUAUUCCAAGCCAAUUUGGAAAGUCCUUCACAUCAUUUGUUAAUGGUUCACUUAAUGGCACAGCACAUUCAAACAACGGCUCCCUUAUUUUGAUCAACAACUUGGACUGGUUGCAGUUGAAUGGAAAUCUUCUGAGUGGAAGGAUUCCAAACAGCUUGCUGAAUUGCACGUAUUUGACCAUGUUGGAUCUCAGCAACAACAAUCUGAGUGGUCCAGUACCAAAUUGGAUUGGAAAUCAAUCAAGUCUUCGAGUUCUGGACCUUUCGCAGAACAGCCUUUCUGGGUUUCUACCGAAGGGCAUUUUCUCUCCAAAUAUGAAAGAACUAUAUCUGUCGAGAAACCAACUGGAAGGUCCAUUGAACCAUCUACUGCCACUUGAUAAUGUCUAUUCAGAUUGGUUGAUGACAAUAGACCUGAGCCAUAACCACUUCACCGGAACAAUACCAGGAUGGAUUCAGAUGUAUUCUCAACUGAGCUAUCUUCUUUUGAACAACAAUAACUUCCAGGGACGAAUUCCGGUGGAGGUAUGCAAGUUGGAACUUCUGAGCUUGCUCGAUCUCUCUCACAACAACCUUUCUGGACACAUUUUGCCUUGCAUUAGCUCGAGCAGUGGUUGGAGCAGGAGGGAGGAAGCUAUGAUUGUUCCUCCUAUUUCCUCACAGCAGCCUCAGCAGCCUCUGGAAUUCACCACAAAGGGAUUGUCCCAUUCGUACCAGGGCACCAUUCUGGUCUACAUCUCCGGAAUAGAUCUCUCUAACAACAGUUUCACAGGAGAAAUCCCUCCUGCAUUUGGCAACUUUACCAACAUCAAGGUAUUGAAUCUGUCUCAUAACUCUCUCUCGGGACCUAUCCCGUCCACGUUCUCCAACUUGAAGCAAAUCGAGAGCUUGGACCUGUCGUACAACAAUCUCAACGGAUCAAUCCCCAACGAUCUUGUGGAACUGAACUUCUUAGGAGAUUUCAGCGUGGCGCACAAUAACUUGUCAGGCAAGACGCUAGGUAAUGUAGCACAGUUUGGGACAUUUGGUGAGAGUAGCUAUCAAGGCAAUGAUCUGCUAUGCGGAUGGCCCCUGCCGAAAGAUUGCCCUGGUACGAGAGUGGAUGACAGAAAGCCGGAAACCCCUUCUCAGAACUACGAGGAAAGUGGUGGUGAUGGUUUCAUAGACAUGGGUGCUUUCAGAGUCAGUUUUUCUGGAUCAUAUAUAGUGAUGCUACUGGGAAUAGUGACAGUUCUGUUGGUAAACCCACACUGGCGGCGAGCUUGGUUCUAUUGCGUUGAAGCAGCUGCAGCAGGCUGCUACUACUUUGUGGUCGACCAUCUACCAGUUCCGAUGAAGUACAGAGUUUCACAUCCACGCUGCUUCUAGGAACUAUGCAGCAACAACCAAUUAUGGUCAUUAAUCCAAACCAAGAUGUACGAAUUAUAGCCACAAGUAUUUAGACACAUGCAUUAUCGCAGUGGCAGAACAGAACGAACAAGUAUGUUCAUUCAUGUCUUCUUGUUUUUGCCUUGCUUUUUUGGACAAUAAUUUACUAAAAACUUAAACCAUCUUUUCACUACUGAUACCAAGGGAACAAGUAACAACCAGUCCUUACAGUUUCUUGAUCCAGAAGUUCAAACAGAACUUGUAAAGUAUCUUCUUCCCAUCGGGGAAAAGAUCGAGACUCCAAUAGCUUCAGUGCUUUCAACCUCAUUCUCUCUUAACAGUGUCUCUGUGGAUAUCUGUAAGUUGGCUCAUGUUUCCUUCCAUAGUAAGGGUUAGCUUAAUUGGAA